GCAGUCCGGGGUGGGGGGGCGGGGACCUGGGCCUCCCCGCAGGGCCCGCCGCGAGCUGGGACCCCUGCCCCGCUGUCCCCGCGCCCUGCUGCCGGCUCCGGGGGGCUCGGGGGCGGGCUUGACCGCGCGGGGUCCGGGGCUUCCCGGCCCAGGCCUGAGGACUCGCUGCCCGCACGCGAAGGCGGGCGCGAGGCUUCCCCUUAGCGGGAGCAGACAGGUGGGCCCCCCCCCCCCCGCCCAGCUCUUCCCUGGGGGAAUCUGGGCGUGAGAACACGAGUGGAAUAACGACCUGUCGCGGUUUGUUCGAUUGCCUGAGGCGUAAAUCGUAGUCUUCGUCUGGCUUCGCCCAGGGCCUGGUGACAGGCGCAGAGGGACUUGAACCACCGACUCAGCUUAACGGGAAGCCAGGAACGAAGGUUUUCUGUCUCCCAGCCUUACCUCCAGUAUAUGUUGAGUACGAGUGGUGAAAGUGGGCACCCUUCGCUUGUUCCUGAUCUCGUUUGGAAAUUUUAGUGGUCAGAUGCCAGGAAUGCAGAUGCAAAUGGGACAGCCAUUGCCAGGAACAGGGCCAAACCUUCUCCCUGGUGGAUACCCAGCGUAUUCUGACAGUUAUUCCUCAGCAGGAGACCCCAUGUGGACAUACUUCACUGCUGUUGCUGGACAGGAUGGUGAAGUGGAUGCUGAGGAACUUCAGAGAUGUUUGACACAGUCUGGAAUUAAUGGAAUUUAUUCUCCCUUCAGUUUGGAAACCUGCAGAAUUAUGAUCGCCAUGUUGGAUAGAGAUUACACAGGAAAAAUGGGAUUUAAUGAAUUCAAAGAACUUUGGGCAGCUCUUAAUGCUUGGAAGCAACACUUCAUAACUAUUGAUCAAGACCAAAGUGGCACAGUAGAACAUCAUGAAUUGAAUCAAGCCAUUGCUGCAAUGGGUUACAGAUUGAGUCCUCAAACAUUAACUGCUAUUGUUAAACGGUACAGCAAAAAUGGCCGAAUCUUCUUUGAUGAUUAUGUUGCUUGCUGUGUGAAGCUUCGAGCAUUGACAGAUUUCUUUAGAAGAAGAGACCACUUGCAACAAGGGGUUGUGAAUUUUGUAUAUGACGAUUUUUUGCAGGGUACUAUGGCAAUUUGAACGUCUAGAAUUUGAAAGCUGAAGAAACACUGUGAACUUUUUUUACUUGGAAGAAACUAACUGGACUACUUUGAAUUUGAAGCUCUUGGGGCUUUUCUGUGUUUCUCCCUUUUACAUCUGUUCCCUUUCUAUGUAUUUAUCCUUUGGUGCAUAAUUCAGAGCAAUAAAAGAAGCAUUUUUGUAUUUGGAACAUUAAUUGCUUUUAGGAAAGUUAUCCCUUAACAGAUAUCUGUAUAGCAUAAAAUAUUGGUAUAUGAUGAAUUGAUGUAAAUAACUUUUAACCUUAAUUUUUAACAUUGUUAGCCCAGAAGACUGUACUUACAAGACAGAGUAUAUAAGAAGUCAAAUAACGAAAGCUGGAUAAAGCUAGUGUAUACUUACCUGAAGGUUACAAAUUAUACUUUGAAAUUUUGUUUGUAGUCCUUGGUGUUCAAGGUGAACUAGAAGGAGAAGACUAGAUUUUGUGCCAUAUUUGUGGAAGAAUUUAUUCCUUGAUCACACAAUUCAAGAAGAGAAACUCGCUAGUCUUUGUCUAUGAAGAGAGAAGGUUGCUGAAAUUUUAUGUUACAGCACCUUAGGUGCACCAUGAAUUAAUCUGUAGAAAUAAGGCUACAGGAGGCAUUUUUUCCCCUUGGCUUUUGUCAGUGCAGAUUUUUAUUCAAUAUAUUUUUUUUGUCUUCUGUGGAAAAGAAGUUCUUGAUACACAUACCUUUUAUGGCUGCCCUUUUUCCAUCAGUGACAACGUAGAUGGCCUAAAAUGGCAUCUUCCUUUUAAAGCUAGACUUUCUGGAAGGGAUACUUAUUUCUAAUGAAGUGUCAACAUUUCAAUGUAUUCUCUUAAGCUAAAUUAUUUUAUACAUAAUGCCAACUGUUAACAAAGUUAAAAAAAGUCAAGUAAUCUACCACUUUGUUUAAAUGUUCGGAAAUUGGAAGUUUUACUUUUCAACAUUAGUUGCGAGCUCACCAUUAGCAUUGGUAAACUGGUAAGACGUUGAGUGCAGGUGUGUAAUGUGGGGGUACUGACCACUGCAGCCGCAGCCUAUUUCUGUGGUAUUACUGUGGAAGUUGCAAAGUGGUCAUCAGAUCCAUAGCAUUUAAGAUCCCCUUGUGAGCUGUUGUAAUUAAUGAGCUGCCUUCCUGGCAAACAUUCUUAGUCUUUUUUUUUUUUUUUUUUUUAACAUUCUUAGUCUUAGUUAAGAUUUUAGAAACCGUGUAUUUUUCUUCCACUUUAACUGAAUUUCUUCUGGCUUCAAACGUGAGUACAAAUUGACAUGAUUUUAGUAUGACCGGUGACCAAAAUAAUUAUGCUUUUUAUAAAAUUCUGUUUCUUAAAGGGUGGAGGAUGAAUGGCAGUAUCUUAAAAGAAAACUUUAUAAACUUACAGAAUUUUACAUCAACUUUUAACAGUCCUGGAAAGGAAGAAUUGGAUAGUCAUUUUGACGUUGUAAUUUUAAAUAAUUAGCUGCUAUAUUCAUUUGGUCAGCAGUAUAAAAAUGUGUGGCUAAAUAAACCAUCUACUUUUA